AUGGCUGGAUCGACGCCGCUUGACCAUUCCAGCAAACACAGAAGAAAUCGGUUUGACGACCCGAACCCCUCAAAACGAUCAGGUUUUCACGACUCCCAAGAUGUAUCGCACCCUCAGCAGUCGAUCUCCGGCAGCGUGGCCACAAACUUUACCCAGGGAGUAUUUCACGGAUUUCAUAGGGACCCGAACAGCUCAGAUAAGGGCGCCAUGGAACAAAAUGGAAGAUUCCACCCUCAGAUCGUGCCACCGCUACAGCCAAUGGCAGCGUAUCAGCCGUUCAUGGCGCCAGGCCCACAAAUGCCCCCGCCAGUACACCUUCCCCAGCCCUUUCAGAUUCCGCCAGUCACACAAGUGCCGGGAGGCCUGCCGUUUCCAGUGCCGCAGUUCAUUCCGCCACCACACCAGCCCAGUACGAACGGCGUUCACUUUGACAAGUUAAAAGAUAAGGAGGACUUGGACGCGUGCAACGUGGGAAUUAUGGCGAGCGUCCUCAGUAAACUGAGGAAAGGCGAGGGUUUCGUGCCCUAUAGGCCGCUGGAUAACGUGGUGGAUGUGCCUAACAGGCGCCCGAGUCAACCAGCACAGGAGCCAACGCUGGUGCAGCGUAACCAGGUGGAGGACUUCUACGACGAACUCGAUGAACUGUUCCAGCAGUACAAGGAAGAAAUAGACCCGAACGACCCGAAGUACAACUACUCCCGAAGGAGGAAGUUUAGCCUGAACCGCCAGACGGCACAGCCGAUAAAGAUUGUGAGUCCCGAGGACCUAAUUAACACAGUCAAGAGGGACUUAUACACACCCGCGAAUGCCCCAGUGUCUGUGACCGAUUCGUACGGACUCGGUGCCAAGGAGGGCAUCGGCAUGGGCUCAAACGAGGACCUGUUUGAGUCGUUCAGGAGGAAGCGGUCGAGCAAGUACCACGAGACUUACGCCAUAAGGUACCUUGGCCAAAAAAACAAUUGCUUCAGGGAAUCGGUGAGGAAGGACCCCAACUGCAUAGUGGUUUCCAGCGGUGAGCUGUGCUACUCCUGCAACCAGGUAACCCAGAGUAUACAACUAAUCAGAUAUUCACGCCCCAAGUCGUCUGUUCACUACCCCUAUAAAGUAGUACACGCUGCCUGUAUCAGCAGUAUCGCCUGCCAGUACUAUCUUAGCCCAUUGCCAGUGAAUAACCACAAUGUGUAG